GGGGUCGGCCCGGGCGCUGGGGUCCCCCGGCUCCCGCCCCGGGGGUCCCGGCCAGCCCUCCGCCUUCUCCUCCGGCUCCCGCUUCAUGCCCGGCACCAUCUGGUCCUUCUCGCAAGCCCGGCGGCUCGGCCCGGGGCCCGAGACCACCCUGGUGCAGGGACCCGGCGUCUCCUGGGUCCACCCCGACGGGGUGGGUGUGCAGAUCGACACCAUCACCCCCGAGAUCCGAGCCCUCUACAACGUGCUGGCCAAGGUGAAGAGGGAGCGCGACGAGUACAAGCGCAGAUGGGAAGAGGAGUACACGGUGCGUGUCCAGCUCCAGGACCGGGUGGCUGAGCUGCAGGAGGAAGCACAGGAGGCUGAAGCUUGCCAGGAGGAACUGGCCAUGAAGGUGGAGCAGCUCAAGGCAGAGCUUGUUGUCUUCAAGGGACUGAUGAGCAAUAACAUCACAGAGCUGGACACCAAGAUCCAGGAGAAGGCCAUGAAGGUGGACAUGGACAUCUGCCGUCGCAUCGACAUCACUGCCAAGCUGUGUGAUGUGGCACAGCAGCGGAACUGCGAGGACAUGAUCAAGAUGUUUCAGAAGCAACUGUCUCUGCACUUGUCUCCCGUUAAGGUCCCAGCCUCGGUGGGGCGGAAGCGGGAGCGCAAGCAGGUCAGCGACGAGGACACCUCGCUGUCAGAGAGCGAUGCCUCCCGGAAACCUGACGAGGAGGAGGAGGACGAGACCACGGCCAUGAGUAUCAAUGAGGAAAUGCAGAGGAUGCUGAACCAGCUGAGGGAGUACGACUUUGAGGAUGACUGUGACAGCCUCACGUGGGAGGAGACAGAAGAAACGCUGCUCCUCUGGGAGGACUUCUCCGGAUACGCCAUUGCAGCCGCAGAGGUGCAGGGGGAGCAGGAUGACAGCCUGGAGAAGGUGAUCAAGGACACGGAGUCGCUGUUCAAGAGCCGUGAGAAGGAGUACCAGGAAACCAUCGACCAAAUAGAGCUGGAACUGGCCACAGCCAAGAAUGACAUGAACCGGCACCUCCACGAGUACAUGGAAAUGUGCAGCAUGAAGCGAGGCUUGGAUGUGCAGAUGGAGACCUGCCGGCGGCUCAUCACCCAGUCUGGGGACAGAAAGUCUCCUGCCUUCACCCCAACCUCCAACAGCGAGUCAGCCCCGAACGAGGAGAGCGAGGAAUCUGACCGUGAUCCCCCCAGCGAUGCUUCCAUCAGAUAAUGAGGGGAGGCCUGGCUCCCUCGGACCCCCUUCCUGGCAUGGGGUUGCCUGAGUCACACCUGGGAGAGACUGUCAGGGACGUGGAACUGCUGGUAAACGUCUGUCACCCAGGCUCACUCCCGUUUUGGGGUGCUUGGCAGAUCCCACACACCCCCUCACCGGAUACCUUGCAAAUGGGAAUAGCUAGAUAGACCUGAGGGCCCUUGCCCGGGCUGCCCUGCCUUCAGCCCCUUCUCUAUUCCCUUUCCCUGCUUUGGUUAAACCAUGGUUCAGGCAGGGAGGCUCCAAACCUGCCAUGGUGGCGUUCCGCAGGACCUGUUCACAGGCGCCCCCAGACCCACCUCCUCUGGCCUCCGUCCUGGUACACUUGACCUGCCCCUGCCCUCCCUGCGCUACACGGAGCCGAACGAGAGCCGUACCUCCCUGCAAACUGGACCUGACACUGGUGCCAACUGGACCGAGCCCGGGGCUCUCCCUGUCCUUGCUGCUGGCCGGGCACCUGGCUGGUGCCCACGCCGUGCCGGGCGCCCCGAGCCCUCCCACGCCUUCUCCAGGGCGGGGGCUGAGUCCCGCUCACUGUGCACUUUGCUUGCCGCCCGUCGGCCAUGCGCUCACGUCUGUGUUACGGGGGCGAGCUCAUUAAACGGGACAAUUUCCUUUUCUACA